AGCCCACUCCCACCGAGUCGUCGUCGCCUUCCUCCUCCGCAUCGCAUCGCAUCGCAUCGGACGCGGAGAGCACAACGACGCGCUUGUUCUCCUCCUCCUCCUCCUCCUCUUCGGCGGAAUGCUCGCUCCAUUGAUUGGUUGAUUAGCUUGCGAAAGGAGUCGACUUUGAGGCGGCGGCCGGAGGCCAAGCCAAGCCCCCAAGAUCGGGAGCGAGGAAUGGGGAGCUACGCGUACAAGUACUGCAUGUGCUUCACCCGCAAGUUCCGCUCGCCGGCGGCCGACCCGCCGCCCGACGUGCGGGCCGCCUUCCAGGCCGCGUGCUCCUCCUCCUCCAGCGGCGGCUGCGGCGGCGGCGACGGGCUCCGCCGCUUCCUCUCCCAGGUGCAGGGGGAGCCCCCCGAGGAGGUGGACCGCAUCCUCCCGCUGCUCACCGCCCCCGCCGCCGGCAUCGCCUCCCGCCUCGUCGGGCCCCGGCAGCAGCCCGCGCCGUCGCUCGACGACUUCUUCGGGUUCCUCUUCUCCGCCGAUCUCAACCCCCCCAUCGCCACCCAGGUUCACCAUGACAUGUCAGCGCCGUUUUCGCACUAUUACGUAUACACGGGGCAUAAUUCCUACUUAACUGGAAACCAGCUUAACAGUGACUCCAGCGACGUCCCGAUCAUCAAGGCAUUGCAGAGGGGUGUCAGGGUGAUUGAACUCGAUAUGUGGCCGAAUUCUGCAAAGAACAACGUCGACAUUCUUCAUGGGGGGACAUUGACUGCACCUGUAGAAAUCAUCAGAUGUUUGAAGUCCAUUAAAGAAUAUGCCUUUUGUUCUUCACCAUAUCCUCUCGUCAUUACUCUUGAGGAUCACCUAACACCAGAUCUCCAAGCUAAAGUAGCUGAGAUGCUCGUCAAAACAUUUGGGGAUCUCCUUUUCAUCCCAAGUUCAGACCCAGUAAAUGAGUUUCCUUCCCCAGAAUCUCUAAUGAAGAAAAUAAUCAUCUCAACUAAACCACCACAAGAAUACAAGAAGUUUCUUAAAUCUCAGGAUAAUCAAAAUAUCAAUGUUGGCAUAACUAAUCUGGCAGAGGAAGGAAGCUUGAGAAGAAUAGAUUCAAAUGCUGAAGAAUCUGAUGGAAAGGAUGAACUGGAUGAUCAAGAUGAGGAUUCCUCUGAUGAGGAUGACUCCAAAUUUCAGCAGGAUACUGCUUGUGAGUAUAGGAAUCUGAUCACCAUCCACGCUGGCAAACCAAAAGGCCAUUUGAGGGAUGCACUUAAGGUGGAUCCUGACAAAGUCAGGCGCCUUUCUUUGAGUGAGACACAGCUAGCUAAAGCGACAGCUUCUCAUGGUGCCGAUGUUAUAAGGUUCACUCAGAAGAAUAUACUCAGGGUGUAUCCGAAGGGUACAAGGAUUAAUUCUUCCAACUAUGACCCAAUGAAUGCCUGGACUCAUGGUGCUCAGAUGGUUGCAUUUAACAUGCAGGGGCAUGACAAAGCACUCCGGUUAAUGCAAGGAUUUUUUAGAGCUAAUGGAGGCUGUGGCUAUGUCAAAAAGCCUGACUUCUUGGUUAGAACAGGUCCAAAUGGUGAAGUAUUUGAUCCUAACGCAAGUAUGCCUGUGAAGAAAACUCUGAAGGUGAAAGUAUAUAUGGGAGAUGGAUGGCGAAUGGAUUUCAGUAAAACUCAUUUUGACACCUUCUCUCCACCUGAUUUCUAUACUAGGGUGGGGAUCGCUGGAGUACGGGCAGAUUGUGUGAUGAAGAAGACUCAGACAAUCGAGGAUCAGUGGGUACCAGUGUGGAACGAGGAGUUCACAUUCCCUUUGACGGUACCAGAGCUGGCUGUGCUGAGGAUCGAGGUCCAUGAGUAUGAUAUGUCGGAGAAGCAUGACUUUGGGGGGCAGACAUGCCUGCCGGUGUCGGAGCUGAAGCAGGGCAUCCGCGCCGUGCCUCUCCAUGAUCGCCGGGGCAACAGGUACAAGUCUGUCAGGCUCCUCAUGCGCUUCGACUUCCUCUAGCUACCUACCUACCUACCUAGCUAGUGUUGCUGCACAAACCAGAAUACCAGUGAUGUAUUUUGCUAGCUCUCUAGGCUUCUUCAGCUGCUGCAUAUAUGCAUUAUGGGUGUAGAUGUACUAUUGUUGUAAUCGUGCAUGCAUCUUGCAUGUCUUGAUAAUGAUAAUAAAGCUAGCAUGGUUUUAGGA